AUGCUGCAAGAUACAGUCAUAGAUCAAUGGAAGGGUCAACUAAGGCAAUUUAAUAGCGUUUUUCAGGGAGAAGCAGUGGAAAUUGCGCAAGCAAUCCGCUACCUGCAAUCCCACCACUCCCGCAACGCUACAAUAAAGACAGACAGUCUUUCUUCACUAUACGCAAUAGGAAACCCUGACCACCCAUCCGAUAUUAUUCAGGGAAUACAGGAAGAUCUGCGAAAAAAUUCCCAACUCCAUACAAGACUUGAAUGGAUCAAAGCGCAUGCCGGCCACCACGGCAAUGAGUUGGCUGACCAUCUAGCCAAAGAAGCUGCCACAGGAGCAACAUCUCAACAAAUCAACAUCCCAUGGCCAGUGUCUUAUCUGAAAAGAACAUUGCGCUUAAAGGCAAUCGGGAAAUGGCAGCAGACAUGGGAUAACAGCGAUACCGGCCGACGGGCUUAUUACCAUGUCAGCUACGUGGACACUACCAAAAAUUUUGCAAACAUGCAAUUGGUAAGAUACAUUACGGGUCACGGACCAUUUCCCGAGUUCUUUAACAAACGCGGGAUAAGUAACACUAACCAGUGCGCCUGCGGACAGACUGGCUCUCCGGAGCAUUAUCUGACCUCCUGUCACGUUACAAAAGGGCUACACAUCAACCUUCCAACGACCAAUCGACAAGCUUUCUGUAAGUUUUUGAUAAAACAGAGGCACUUGGUUAGAAAAAUAGGGCUUUUAAUGGAUAAACAGGCCGACCUUGCAGUGUCUAGCACCAUCUACCAACACCACAAAAUAACUGUGAAUUAUCGUAAGGAGUAUCCAACACUCCUAGUAAUAUAG